UUAGAUGCUAAGGUGUUCGUUUCUUUUCAGAAUUAGCGAAACAUGCAGAUCUUCGUGAAGACUCUGACGGGGAAGACCAUCACCCUUGAGGUGGAGGCUUCUGACACGAUCGAGAAUGUCAAGGCCAAGAUACAGGAUAAGGAAGGCAUUCCUCCAGAUCAACAGCGUUUGAUCUUCGCUGGCAAGCAGCUUGAAGAUGGACGCACUCUGUCUGACUACAACAUCCAGAAGGAGUCUACGCUCCACUUGGUGUUGCGUCUUCGCGGUGGUGUCAUCGAGCCCAGUUUACGUCUGUUGGCUCAGAAAUACAACUGUGAAAAGAUGAUUUGCAGGAAGUGCUAUGCUCGCCUUCACCCCAGAGCCACCAACUGCAGGAAGAGGAAGUGUGGUCACACCAGCAACAUCCGCCCCAAGAAGAAACUGAAGUAGACUACUCAAUUGAUAAGUGCUGGCUUUUGGCUGUACACAAAGAAAGUAAAAAAUAAGAAGUUGUAUAUACAAAGGAA